AUGGUCACUUACUUCCGGCAGAACCCCGUCCUCCGUGCCAAAGCGCGGUUCUUCAUCGACGUCGUCUCCACGAAGUUCGUCCCCACGUGGACCGCAUUCGUGAGCGGUAAGGGUACCGCAGACGCCUUCGUCAGUGCCACAGAGCAGGUUACUGCAGUCCUCCCGGAGACUGGAUUCGCGCUGGGCGAGUGCUCGACUGCCGAUAUUGCCGUUCCUUGCUCGCGCGCUCACUGCUUUGAAGAAUGA